AUGUCAUCACCACGGCCUGGAGCAGAGCUUUCUCCAGGGGAUUUCAAGGUUUCAGACCCAAAGACUGGUGUGUUGAGGCGGACAAAAGCCCAGAGGAGCCCGUUUCAAGUGUCACACGACCGCAGCACUUUUCUUCCAAGUGUAAAGGAAAGAGGAGACCAGCAAGAGGAGAUGCACAAAUUUCUGGCACUGCCAGUUGAAGAAAAAACAACCCACGCUGCAAGAAUGAUGACCAAGCUGAAGAAUGAGCUGCUGGGAGAACUGGAGGAGGAAAAUGAGAGGAAGAUUUUAAAACAAACCACGAGUAGAACAGUUGUCUCUAAACCAACACCAGGUGCACAUGAGCUGAAAACUGCCUUGGUAAAAGGAAGAAACUCAAACAUCAUGAAAGAAAACAUGACAAAACAAAGCAAACAGGAUUUAAUCUUCAUGGAGCGGCAAAAAGCUGUGUUGGAGUUAUCUAUGAUGACAAAGAGGUCUGAGAUGACGAAGAUGGACAGGCUUGUUGUAAAAGAGGAGCGAAAGCUGAUACAACUUGAAAAUACCAUUGUGAGAGACAAGCAGAGGUUUGAAGAGUUUCUCAAAGAAAAUGAGAGGAAGUGUGUGGAAGGCAGAACUCUUUUCAAACGAGAAGAAAAGUUAAAGCAGGAGAAGAAUAUAGAGAUUAAGAAGCUAGCUGCUGAAAUAGGGACAGUAAAAAGUGAAAUUUCCAAGUUUGAAGACUCCCUGAUUGACUACAAGGUAUACAAGGAGUUCCUGUUUAAGAUUUCUCCUCCAGAGUGGCAGCACAAUGACAAGAACAAGACCACGAAGACUAAAGUCUUGUCUGAGGAAGACGGACAGGAAGACCAGAACAACGAAGCUCAGAAGAUGGCUACUAAAAAUAGCAAAGAGAAAAACUCCCAAGUAGAUGUUGACAGCUCUGAGGAUGAAGCAGAGCUUUACUUUACUGAUCCCCAGCAGCUUUUGGAUCUGAUGACGGAGCUAACAGAACAGAACCUGUCUCUGAUUCAGAAUGCUGCAAGAGUGGAAGAAGUGCUGGAAAAGCUCCGACAGUUCAUGGACACAACCAGGAGGGAGAUUGAAGAAGAAGAAGAGCAGAUUGCUGUGCCUAUAAAAGAGAUGAAGCAAAGAAUGGACAGGGAGGAGGAGAGAGGUGCAGAGCUCCAACAGAUGCUUCAACGCCAUGUCUCACUAAACAUAAAAGAUCAAGACGUAAUGUUGGAGUAUCUUGGUGAGAAGGUGGAACAGGUGCAUCACAGCUGUGUGGAUGACCGAAUGACCAACCUCAGCACCCUGGAGAAGGUGGCCAACAUUGAGAACCUCCUAUCCUCUCUGCUACAGAGCCUGGAGAGCAUCCCUGAAGAAAAACUGCAGAAGAUUAGGAAAAUCAAGAACAGUGAAAAGAGAAUCAGGCAACGUGAAGAAGAGCAGAGAGAGCAGAAAAUAAAACAGAAGGAACGGAUAAGGAGGUACCUGGAGAGAUCCCUCGCUGUCUCAAAGAAAGUAAGUGGGAGAAAGCUCAUGCCCAAAUGUUUACCUGUCUCUCCAAGAGUCAAAGUCAUGGAAGAUUACAACACCCCAGCUGAGGAUGACGUCCACAAAUACCUCUUUGACUCUGACGAUGUGGAGUAA